AUGAGCGUCGAAGAAUUGCUUGAGUAUAUACCCAUGGCCAGUUCUCAUAGUCAAAUGGUAUUGAGGUUAGGAGCUAUGCUUGAGUGUGAGAUAGAUGAGUUAGAGGCUGUAGUCGAGGAUAAGGCCGCAACUAUAGCCGAUCUGGAAAACAGAUUGGCGGCCUUACAAUCUAAGAUUAGAUUAGAGGCAUUGAACAGUGGACGCGACGCACGUCGAAAAACGAGCGCUGGGCCACUCUCUGACCCACACCAAGCCUCACCCAAGUCGUCGCGACCAUCGUCGGCACAGUCCUCUCAAGGAUCAACGAUCACGCAAAUGCUCGCAAAAGAUCAAGAUGGCGACGUACAGGAUGUCGUCGUAAAAGACCGCGAAUGUUCGAACAAAUGCAAUUUGGAAGGACAAUGUUUUGUUCGACCAGUCACCACAAGGAUCACCCUGCAAUUAGUUCCUGCUCUGAAGAAUCUCUAA